AUGUCAGUGACAUUUAACAGCAAGUCAGGAGCGCUUAGGGGAGAUGGUUGGGAAUUGAUGGACUCUAAAUCAGAAUAUGGAGGCAGAUUUCCAAAAUCAGCGUGGUGGAUUGGAGCUGUUGCAGUAUGUUUGGGACUGCUCUAUCUUAUUCUACUUGUUGUCAUCUUAGCCACAGUGAGCCAAUAUGUCAGACCAAGCCCUCUGAAGGACACAGAACAACUGCCAAUUAGUCUCACCUCAUGUCAAAAUCUGACUUCACAAUGCUUGCAGUUACAGGGAAGAUACAGCACCUUGUUAGAAAGUAAAAAACAGUUAGAGACCAAGCUCUGCUCUUUGACUAAAGAGAAAGACAACGCCGAGGGGGAGAGAGACCGCCUUCAAAAUGAACGAGAUACCCUUCAAAACCAACGAGACAUACUUGAAAACGAACGAAACGCCCUCCACAGUGAACGUGACACUCUCAAAAAUGAGCGAGAUGUACUUCACAAUGAACGUGACACUCUCAGAAAUGAGAAAGGCAACAUCAAGGCUGAGCUAGAUACCCUCCAAAAUGAAACAGAGGUCCUCAAAAAGGACCGAGAUACCCUUCAAGUUGGACAGAGAGCCUUAAAAAUUGAGGAGGGAAAACUCAAAAGUGAGCGGGACAGCCUCAAAAAUGAGAAAGAAGCCCUCCAACAUGAGCGAGACACCCUUCAAAAUGAGCAAGAAGUUCUCAAAGGUGAGCGAGACUCUCUCAAAACUGAGAAAAACACUCUACAAAAGGAGCAUGAGGCGCUUAAAAAUGAGCGAGAUACCCUCAAGAAUGACAAAGACACCCUACAGAAGGAUCAAGAAGCUCUCAAACAUGAGCGAGAUACCCUCAAGAAUGAGAAGGACACCCUCCAAAAGGAGCGAGACAGCCUCAGGACAGAGCGGGACACCCUCACAGGUGAAAGAGACCAAUUGAAGUCUCAGUCCAGCAACCUGACAAAAGAGCUGGAGGUGCUGCAGAGCCGAUUCAACACUGUGGUUGCAAGUCGAGAUGGCUUAAAGGAGGAGACUGAAGAGUUAAAUCUGAACAGAAAAGAAAAACUUUGUCCAUCGGAUUGGAUCAAAUUCAACGAGAAAUGCUACUACAUCUCUGGCAAAGGCCAAACUAAGUCGUGGAAAUCGAGUAGAAGAGACUGUCAGGACCGAGGAGGUGACCUGGUCAUCAUCACCACAAAAGAUGAGCGGAAUUUCAUCUCCACUUAUUAUGAUCGGAUUUGGAUCGGUCUGUCUGACUUGGAACAUGAAGGCAAGUGGAGGUGGGUGAAUGGGGAAGAACUGGAGUUUGACGGAUUCUGGCAAAUAGGCGAGCCAAAUGACUUUGACAGUUACGAGGAUUGUGUGGAGCAGUCACGCUCAGGGCAGGGAUGGAAUGAUAUGCCUUGUGAUGAGACUCUUUCUUGGGCUUGUGAGGAUUAA